GUUAUAAAAUAAUAAAGCAAAUAUGAGUUUAAUAUUUGGUCAAUUAGUUAUUGGACCACCUGGAAGUGGAAAAACUACAUAUUGUCAUGCUAUGACUAAAUUUUUAGAAAAACUUGGAAGAAAAGUAGCUGUUAUUAAUAUUGAUCCUGCAAAUGAAAACAUGGAAUAUACACCAGCAGUAGAUAUAUCUGAAUUAAUUAAACAUGAGGAGGUAAUGUCACAUUAUGGACUUGGUCCAAAUGGAGCAUUAGUGUAUUGUAUGGAGUUUCUAGAAGCUAAUGUAAAAUGGUUAAUUACAAAAGUUUUAAAUUUGAAGGAUCAUUAUCUUAUAUUUGAUUGUCCAGGGCAGGUUGAGUUAUAUACACAUCACAAUUCAAUUAGUAUAAUUGCUGAAAAAUUGGGACAAAAUUUAGUAAGAUUAUGCAGUGUGCAUCUUGUUGACUCUCAUCAUUGCAGUGAUGCCGGCAAAUACUUAUCUUCUCUAAUUCUUUGCACAACAACUAUGUUAAAAUUGGGUUUACCUCACAUUAAUGUGAUGACUAAAUUUGAUGAAAUGAAAAAAUUUAGUCACUGCCUAGAUUUUAAUAUAGAUUUUUAUACAGAAGUGUUGGAUUUGAACUAUUUACUAGAUAAAUUGGAUGAAGACCCAUUUACAUCAAAAUAUAAAAAACUAAAUGCAAGUUUUGUGUCAAUGAUACAAGAUUAUAGUCUUGUUAGUUUUAUACCAUUAGAUAUUUCAAAUCAAGCAUUGUUAUUGCAAGUAAAAAAUGCAGUGGAUAAAGCUAAUGGUUAUAUUUUUGGUGGAAAUGAACCUCAAGAUGUUCAAACUUUACUUGCUUGUGCUGUAGGAGCAAUGAGUGAAACUGAAAAAACGUCAACAAUAGAUGCAUAUUUUUAAAGAAUUUAUUUUAUAAAAAAAAUCAUUUAAUUAAGUUCUUCUCUUUUCUAUAUUCAGAUUCCUUGAUAUAUUAAUAAUAGUCUAAUGUAUCUAUUUAACAAAAUAUAUUACAUUAAUGAACAUAGUUUCACUAAUUUAUUAUCAUUUUGACUAGUCCAUUUGGCUAACAAAUAUUUGUGCUAAGUCAUCAUAAUCAUAUACUCUUUU